AUGGCUGAAGAUGGUUUGCCUAAAAUUUAUUCUCAUCUUCCAAAAGAAAACAGUGAAACACCAACUGAAGCAACAAUUUUCUUUGGGGCUGACAACACUAUUCCUAGAUCUGAAACAACUAUUACUUCAGAAGGAGAUCACGCUACUUCAGUAACUGACUACAUGUUAGAAAGUGAUUUUUCAACAACUGAAGGCAACAAGCUCACACCUACAAAGGAAAGAUUCAAGUCAGAAGAUGAUGUCGAGACUCAUAGUAAGUCAACAACUCAUCCGGAGAAAGAAAUUACCACUCCCAUUGGCACUACAGACUCCAUAGCUAAUGACUCCAUUACUAAAAAUUUCAUUCCAGUGAAAACUGGGAAUAUUUCAUCACCAGUUGCUACUGUUUCUUUAAUAGAUUUUUCCAGUAACAUAGCAAAAGAAGAUAUCCUCUUGGCUAUGAUUGACACAGGGGAUGAAGAUAUCUCAAUAAUUUCUGAAGUCUCUGGCCCAUUAAAGGACAGCACUGCCUUUCCAGGUAAAAAGGGUGGAGCUGAUGUUAACAAUCGUAAUUCCUCAGUUAAAUCCAAUGUCCCUGCUGAUGAGGCUGUUCAGGACUCCUUUAUUCCUGAGGCAGACAUCUCUCCUUCUACUAAAGAAAACUUCGCCACUAUUUUAGACAUAACUACCCUUAAAGAGGAGAAAAUAACUGAAAUUGACCUACUUGUUUCAGAGAAUGAGCCUGAUACUGUGGCUAAAUUAACUGACUCUGAUGAGGAAAAGUUCAUAACUGUGUUUGAACUCACUACCUCUGCUGAAAAAGACAAAGAUAACCCAGAAGAUACUCUGCUAACCGAUGAAGAGUCUACUGAUGGGGUCAAUGUUUGGAUGGAGAGAGAUAUUGCAAAUGAAACAGAGACCCAUUCCGUUUUGCUUACUGCUAUCGAAUCCAGAUAUGACUUCAUUGUCCCUGCAACAGUAGCUAUGAACCUCGUGGAAGAAUCAUCUACUAAGACAACAGAAGAUUUGUCUGAAAAUAAUACAAAAGAAUCUAUAUCUAUGGUCACUGAGUCAUUUUCUGGAACUCUCCCUGUACCGGAUACCUCAGACUACAAGGAAGACACCUCUGCAGCUGAAAUGGGUAUCUUUAAACUACUGAAAGAAGAUCCAGAUGACUUCAUGAUAUGA